AUGCUCCCAUUUGUUCGCCCAUACACACCCUGCUCGUUUGUCAUUGUAUCGUCUUUGACGAGUUGUGCACACUUCGGCCGACAAGAGGGGGCCAGAAGUGAAAUCAAUACGCGGCUGUUGGUACAGAAAAGGCUGACGCUGUGGUCAGGAGGUCAGUCAGACGACCUGGCCACAACCACGCCUCUGUGUGGCAGUCGGUGUGGCCACACAGUGUCCCCACUUCAGCUGUACCGCCGUCCCGACGGUCUCUACAGCCGAGACUUGUCUGCAUCUAUCGGUAGGCCGGGGUACAUGUUAGCACCGCAAGAGAAGCUCAAGCAAGCACAAGUUUGGCUCAAAGCAGAGGUUGGUCGUCGCUCUGUCAACUGGUCACAUUUCGUAUGUCUCGCAUUCCCAGACGAGGUGAUGACGGCCCUUGUGAUCGGCUUCCACCGGUAG